CAAUGUAUAUAGACGCGAUGUCUGCCAGACUCAUCAUCAAUCAUCAAUUCAACUCAUCACAAAAUGUCUGCUGCAAACACCCUCUUCCCAUACCUCCGAAAGGAUCCCUCUGAGCUACCAGAGGGUGAGGACCCUUUCACCAUCACAACUCGAACAGGAUAUCUUCCUUUUUCACUUCCUUUGAAGAAACUCCCUUCUCAAUUCGAUCCUGUUUCAAACCUUCUUAACGACAUUCCUAUCCUCAAGGAAGAUGGUACUCCAGGAUUGUUGGCGACAUUUGCUCUUGGACCUCUUAUUGACAGUGGAGCUCUUCCUGAUUUGACUUCUGAGAUUGAUAAUCUCGUCGUUCCUGGGACGGACAAGAGAGAUAUGGCUGCUAUUACUGCUGCUUUUAGAGAUUAUAGCUUCAUUGCUUCUUCUUAUCUCCUUGAACCUUGUUGGGAGACUUAUAGCAAGAGCGAUGAUGGCGGUUAUGGACUUGGACGUCAGACACUUCCCAAGUGCAUUGCUGGACCUCUUGUCAAGUGUGCCGAGAUUCUCGACAUCCCUGCCUUCAUGUCUUACGCCGCCUCCUAUGCCCUCUACAACUACUGGCUCGUUCAUCCCGAGCAAGGGCACGACGACUACGACAACAUCCGCCUCAUCCGCGCUUUCGAAAAGGGUCUUGACCCUAAGUCUUCUGAGGCCGGCUUCAUCCUCACUCACAUUCACAUGGUCGCUCAGACUGGCGGCCUGAUUGAAGGCGCUGUUGAUCUGCUGGCCGCUGUUGAGAAGGACAACAGCACUGCCAAGAUCGCCGAGGCCAAGGCUAGCUUGGAACUCAUCCUCAAUGCCAUGCAGAUCAUUGAGACAAACAUGGAGGGCAUGUGGAGUCAAUCCCUGCCCAAGGACUACAUGACCUACCGAACCUUUAUCUACGGCAUCACCAAGCAGUCCAUGUUCCCUGAUGGUGUUGUCUACGAGGGACAAUACGGCGACAAGCCUCAAUUCUUCCGUGGAGAAUCCGGUGCCAACGAUGCCAUCAUUCCUCUCUUGGAUCACAUCUGCGAGAUCCCCAUGCCCAAGAACCCGUUGACCGACAUCCUCAUCGAGUUCAGAGAGUAUCGACCCAAGCCUCACCGCGCAUUCCUCAAGUAUGUCCGCGAAACAGCUUCCGAAGUCGGUGUCCGUGAUUUCCUCGCAAAAUCCGGCGAUCACGGUCUUGCGGUUCUAUACCUUCGCGUCCUUGAUCACAUUCGAAGCUUCCGAUGGCGACACUGGAUGUUUACCCGCGAGUACAUCAUCAAGCAUACUCUUCAUCCUACAGCCACAGGUGGAAGUCCUAUCAUUACUUGGCUUCCUAACCAGCUCACUGCUGUCAUGGAUCUGAUGGAGGAGGUUGCAAAGGGAUCUGGUCUCUGGGCUGUGUUGGAGGAGGGAGUCUGGAGUGGUGGAGGAUCUUUGACUCAUGAGGAUUAUAUCCUGGUCAAGAAGAUUAUGGAUAAUGUUGUUACCAAAAAGGCUCAGUUGAAGAAGGAGGUUGACAAGUAUUGCCAGGAUCGGGGUGUUUAAAUAGCAUGAAUUAAUUGUUUGUUUGACUUCAAUCGUGCCUGACCUACCACCACAACUGAUAUCGUGAUAAACUGCUGACUUUACUCCGAUGUCUUCGGAUGGAGAUGGCUUGAUCAGACAUCACAAUUCGCUCGUGACUGAGUCUAAAUAGAUGACGCCAAGACUCGGCAUCAAGGAUCUUUCGCCGAGACUUAUCUUAUCGUCCAUUGGCCAAUCGAACGAUUACAUUUGCGCACCAAUCACGGUCCGUCGCAGGAAUUGACAAUCCAGAUCAAGUGACGUAACAUCUGACUUUCAGGAAAAUUUGAUCACGACGAUCCAAUUCCGGCAACUCCGCAGUCCGAUAACAUUGAGUCAUAAUAUUGUACUAUUCAUAAUUUAUACUAUCGCUAACUUCGCUUAAGCAAUUGGUUCACAAGUAAAGACACCUCGGACUUCGCCGUGACGGAACUUGAGGAUCUGGAAAUGUUAGCGAGGUCGCUGGAGAGUGACUGGGGAAUAACUUACAAUGUCAUCAAUUGAAGCAUAUGUUCCACCAACGAGAACAAUCAUGCCGAUAAUGAAAAUGAGUCCAUUGGCAAUGGAAAGAAGGAGGUUCUCCUUUGAGUGCCAAGGUCCCUUUCGGAUGAGCAUGAACCACAUAAUAGAGGGGAAGUAAAAUGUGAAGCCCGAAAUGAACAGAGACGAAGAAAUGGACAAGAGAUCAUUGAAGAAGGGAAUGGCCUCGGCAAUGAUGAAAGCCACAACCGUGAUGACAGUGACAAGGACCAGCCAAGUGAUCCAGCCCAUCUUGGUGUUGAUGUAGCGGAUGAUUGAGUUCUUGAACAUACGUCCGUGGAUGUAACGAGCGACAACUGUGGUGUUGAUAGAUCCAGAGAUGAAGAUGACGGGAAGAGCGACACCAAAGGCGAUCUUGGAGAUGGUAGAACCAGCAGACAGAAGAGCAGGCGACUUGACCUCUGAACCGACAAAGGCAUAAAUGAGAGCGCCAGUAAGGGUAUAGAUACCAAUCUCGAUCAGACCAAGAGCCCAGAUUGACUUGACAUAGUCACGAGGAGUAUGCAUCUCAUCCAUGAAGCUGAACUGGCACACAGCAAACGAGUAGGCGAAGACGAUGUUGGUGAUGGCGAUGAAAGCGUCGGUGAAGCUGAGGUUGUCCUUGGGCCAAGCAGACCAGUCGACAGAGGACAUGCCGCCUACUGAGUCGCCGGCUUGGACGCCGGUUGCGAUGAUUGUGAUGGCGACAGCGAUAGAAAUGGAGACGAAGUCGAUGUAACCAAGGAUAGCAACCUCUGCGAAUGAAGGAGGAAUAGCGACGAUGAGGAGGAUGAUGGCAGAGACGACACCAAAGACGACAGAGCAUGCUCCAUUGUUGGUAAGGUUCAGGAAGGCGAUUGUUCCAGUGAGACAGUGAGAUCCGACGAGGAAGAUGAGCUGAAGAGCAAACAUAACGCCAACCAACUGUUCAAGUUAGUAUACAUCAAUUGGGCAUCGGGGCUUGACUAACCUCGUAACCAAACUUGCCAAACAUGAGUCUACCAGCAUCGGCAUAAUGAGAAACCUCGGGAAAAGCAAGCUUGACCUGUCCAACGACGUGCGAUGUGUAGAUGGCGACGAAACCAAGGCCGACAGUGAGAAUGACACCAGCGACCAUGCCGAGAGUGGCAAAGGCAGAAGGGAGAGAUAGACAUCCGAGAGCAAUGGCCUCGACGAUCAAGACGACUGUCAAUCGCUUCCAUCCGAGACGGUGGAAGUGUGCGUUGCCUUCAGCGGCCUUUUGCUUCUCCAUGUCGUUGAUCUCGGCGACUUCGCCGGUUCGUGUGUCAAACAUGUCUGGUACUGAUUCUCGACGGCUCUUUUUUGUUUCUGUUGGAGCCGUUUGGGCUGUGUUGAUUUGGUCCAUGAUGUGUGUAUGUAUGUGUAUGUAGUGUAAGUGAUGUAAGUAUAUGUGUAUAAGUGUAUGUAGUGUAAGUGUAUAGGUAAGUGAGAUCUAGUGCCAAGAUGAGUAUAGAGAGUAUGAGGAGAGGACCAGAGCAGAGAGGGAAUACAGGUCUAUUAUAAAGACCAGAUAAGCAGAGACCGAGAAUGAGGCCGAUCUUUGUAGUUACCAGUGGGUCGAGAUAGUCCCACCAUUCUUCGGAGGCGACCUACGAAUCUGAACCAUAGCCCACGAACCUUGUUUCUCUUACAUCUUGAAUUCCCUCACCAGAACCUAAUACCCCAGACCCCAGACUCCUCAAACGGACUCGUUUCUCAAAAAGCUUCUCGCGGUGCCGAAACUCCGUGUCAUGAGGCUCGAGCUCGUGUGCAGUGUCGCGCCUACAGUGGAUCACCAAAACCUUUCGAUUACAUAAAGUGGAUCGCAACAGAGCCUCUUGCUUGGCUGCAGCCAUGUUUGCAUUAGUCAAUAAAACUCUCCGUCCUGGCUGCGAUGAUGAAAAUUUGGUAAUAGACGGACGGGGUUUGUGUCCCCAGAGAUUACUCCGCAAAGGGGAGAGAUUAAGUUGAGGAGAGGAUGGGUUCCUUUACGUACGAGAAUUGUUGAGAAUGCGGAGCAGUCGGCAGACACUGAAUGUCAAGUACCGUAGAGACUGAGGUUGAGACGGGAAUAGGUACGGGCUUGUGACCGGCAUUUCUCUGCCAAGUCGGAUCCGUGGCUGUUAUCGCACGAGUGUCAUACAUGUCGCAUCCGAAAAAUUUGCAAAAAUGGCUUGGCUGAAUUGACGGGAAAAAAUCUGCCGCCCGUCGAAAUGUUCUCGAAGGUGUACUAGUCAGGGGUGGCGAUUGGGGGUAUGGGGAAUGAUAAAGGCUUGCAGGGGUGCCAAGCAUUGACCAUUGAGUCUUUUUUAUUUCGUGGCCUCGAGAUAGCGUAUGUUGAUGUGAUUUGAAGGAGUUUAAUGCAUGGGAAAUGUAUGGUACGAUAUUAGGUGGGAUAUUCUGGCUUGAGCCUAAGGUUUCGGGGACUGAGGUAUUUGGUGAUCGAGGCGCGGUUAAAUCACUUGACCUCGGGGGAUGAUCUAGUCGCUAAUACGAUGAACACGCGCUGUAAUGCCUGAUUAAAAUAGGCGACUAUUCAAUGGCCA